UAAAGUGUAAUAUAUAACUUCAGACGGAGUGACGGGGUGUUGUUAGUAGCGGUGGUUAGCCGACGUACGUGCGUUCUCGAUAUUAUACAUUUCUCAAGGAUCAAACAUGAAGAUGUGGUCGGUGAUUGCUCUUGCGCUGGUGGCGGCAGCAUGCGUCGAGGGGUAUUCAAGCGGUGCACCUUCAGAGUCCUGCGUCGAUAUGGUUCCUCAACAUCCAGUACCUCCACGCAAAACAGCGCCACCUUACACAAUCACCACUAGCACCAAGACCGUGAAGGCUGGUCAGCCAAUGGAGGUCGUGAUUUCCGGCAAGGCACCAUCGGACACCAUCAGGGGACUGUUACUGCAGGCGCGCGACGGUGACAAACCUAUCGGCACAUUCACCGUUGCACCCAACGACGAAUUCGCGCAGCUACUCAACUGUGGUACACCGGGCAAUGCUGUGACACACAAAAAACACGACGAGAAACUGGAUAAGCAGACAGUCGCAUUUACCUGGACUCCACCAGCCGGCUUCAAUGGCGAAAUUAAAUUUAGGGCUACCAUUGCUUUAAACGGUGCUGUAUUCUGGGUUGGCGUGGAAUCAGCCCCUGUCAAGGUGACCAAUUAAGGAAGCCCUUGAAUCAACACUAAAGUAUUAUCAAGAGAAUUUAAUAGAUUAUUUAUGAACAUAAUUCUAAUUUUAAAUGUAUAUAAAAGUAAGAAAAAUAGGCAACCAAUACUCAAUUCGUUCGUUCAAAGAUUCUGAUUGUAUAGUUACCACCCACCAAAAUUAAUUAUAUUUUUAUGUAUGCUGUGAUUUAUCUUUUAUUCUGUAUUAAAUAUUGUUCAGAAGUUACAAAUAAAUAAAGAUUUUUUAAAUAUAUUUAAAUGUGAUUUUUAAUGAUAUACUUAAAUAUAAUAAUAAAUAGAAUAAUAAAAAAAUAAUAAAAUUUCAAUAAAAACUUUAUUUGAAACGUAGCACCUACAAAUUUGUCAUUGAGAUCCUUCACACAUUUUGAUACAUAUUCGAGUGUAAUAACUAAUGUCACAUUAAGGUAUUAAACUAUUACCAACAAAUACUUAGAAUUAAGUAGGUACACAUUUAUGUAUUUUAAAAAUCCUUUUUAAAUAGUUUUAAACUGAUUACACUUUGUGUACCUUUAUUAUAAUUACAUGAUUAAAAACAUAUAAUUUAUUAUAUCCUAAUAAAUCUAAUAACAAAACCUUUUUUUGAUGUUUCUAAUUAAUGAUAUGAAUCAGAUUAACAUCUGUUUUAGACAUAAUGUUCAACACACUCAACAUUUCUGAACGCCAUUCAAGCAUCUGUACCCUUUGUACGAAAUUUCCCGACGCAAAAGAGGGGUGUUAUAAGUUUAACGUGUGUUAUUCUGUUUGCGGCAUCGUAGCUUCCAAACGGUUGAACCGAUUUGGAUAAUUAUUUUUUUGUUACAAAUGUGACUUAAUCGAGUGUUCUAAGAUUAGAAAUGUUUUAUUAAAAUCUGUGCAGCCACUUGAAGGUCGUCAGCUUUUAGAUAAUCGUUAAUUUAAUGGACUCUUAGUACACUUCUACUGCACUGAUUGAGUUAAAAAACUUGAUACAUAUAGCAAAUCAUAUAACACGAAAAUAAUAUGGUGCCCUUGACCUGAUGCUGCAGUCAGGAUAGUCUACAGAGUACCUGACUCCUCGACAACUAACAGCAGAUAUAUCGUGUUUAGGCUCAUUGAAAAGGGCUCAAUGAGUGGACAGAAUAUACUGCUAGUGACAAAAAUCGAGAUACAUAAAUAUUAUUAUACAAUGUGUUUAUUAAAAAAAAAUACCCCCUCCCCAUCAUAACAUAACACUUCUAAUACAAAAUAAACAAUAAAUACGCGUUAGUCUUUAUAAUAAUAUUUUUAUCCAG